GCUGGAGGGAAGGUGCCUGUAAUAAAGGUCGCUGUCGCUGUAAUGGAGGGGAGCGGCGGGCUUUUGCAGCUUCUGCAUCCUGGCACAAGUCUGGCGGCCCCAGAAUCCAGUUUCCAACACUGCGCUCACUCCGGCUCAGUUCUGCUUUCAUCCGUCCAGGUUGGAGAUCGUCCCCAAGUCCGUCUCAUCCUCCCCAAUCCUUAAGCGGCCGCGGGCGGACAGUUCAGAAGCGGGGACUCGGCUCGCCUGUCCUAUGGCGUAGUGCGGGGGACCUCCGUGGACUCCGAGAGCGAGGUGAGGAUCACCGCUGGAUGGGAAGGGGUGGGCUUAUGAUGCGGGAUUUAGGAACUGUCGUGGGUGUGAAGAGGCGGAGACAAAACCCUAACCGCGCUCCAAACCGGGCUGGGCUUGCUCUACUAGACGGUUGGGUUCUGGGUCUGCGGCCACCUAUCCCGCCAGGCUGCCCGGUGGCUCCGCAGAGCCUGACGCUCAGAGCCGGGAAAGGAUCGCGGAGUGUCCUCAGCCGGGGCUGCUGCCUGCAAGGAGGGGGCGGGGAAGCUGAGAGCCCGGUGCGCCACUUCCCCGGCAGCUUCAGCUUGUGCAGGCCUGUCUUGCUGCUGCCUCGCGGCUUUGCACUGAGGUCCGCCUCUCCCCUCCCUCCCACUUCCCGCGAGCUGCCUCCGCCUUCUUCCUCUGCCUCCACCCUCAACCUCCAACCCCGACUGUCGGGAGCAGGGCUAGGAGCCCUCAGUCGGCCGGAGCUCUGGAUGUGGGCGCCAGCCAAGCCCACGGCGCCUACCUCCAAAAUGGACAGCCGCUACACCAGCACCGCCGGCCUCGGGGAUUUAAACCAGCUGAGCGCGGCCAUCCCGGCCACACGAGUGGAGGUGUCCGUGUCCUGCAGAAAUCUUCUUGACAGAGACACAUUUUCUAAAUCUGAUCCAAUUUGUGUCUUGUAUGUACAAGGAGUUGGAAAUAAAGAAUGGAGAGAGGUAAGAAUUUGA